AGUGACGUUUGAAAGCAUUUGGUGGUCGGUCUGGUAAUACUGACCCGAGCCGAUAGGUGGCGGUGUCGCACAGCGUCUCCGUGCAGCAGCUUUGUCUGAUCACCGUCGAGGAAGGCGCGAUGGCAGCCACCAUGAAGACAACGGGCGUGGAAGACAUCGUUGUCACCUUUGAAGACCAGCAGAAGAUCAACAAAUUUGCCAGAAACACGAACCGGAUCACGGAGCUGAAAAACGAAAUCCAGGCUAAAAAAAAAACUCUGCAGAAUCUGCAGGACGCCAGCGAUGAUCUGAUGAUGUUGGACGACGACUCUCUGCUGAUUCCAUAUCAGAUCGGAGGCGUUUUUAUCAGCCACUCGCAGGAAGAAACGCAAAACAUGCUGGAGUCUGCAAAGGAGGCGCUGGAGGAGGAGGUCAGAGGCUACGAGGAGCGAGUUUCAUCCAUACAGCAGGUCCUGAACGACCUGAAGGUCCAGCUCUACGCCAAGUUUGGAAACAACAUCAACCUGGAGGCGGAUGAAAGCUGAGCUGCAGAUGGACUCUGCUGCAUCCACAUGAACGUUUCGUCCCGUUUCUGAUUUACCUCCACAACAACCAAACAUCAAAAUCCUUUAGAGUCGCAGCUUUUUGUCGUCUUUUUUUUCCCUUGGAGGUCACACAUACGCAAGCUGUUUGAAAUUAAGUCAGUCCUGGAAAGAUAUGGAGAAAGUAAUGAAGAAAUGUCCUGAAUAUAUUUAAUGUUCUUUUUUUUUACUACCAAUUCUGUUUACAGUGAAAUAAAGAACAGAACAUCAGUGUAA